UUAAGUUUUAAAAAGUACAUAUAAAUAUAAACUUAGAAAGCACCGAAACUGUUGUUUUAAAAACAAAGUUAUUAAAUUCAUAAUUAGUGAUUAAUGUUUUAAAAGUAUUGUGCAUGUGGGAUAGGGAAAUUUUUCCAAGACAGAUCCGAGUGAAUGACACGAGAGAUGAUGUGCACAUGUUGGCUACUUUGACAUGAUUUCCUUGGUUAAGACAUGACAUGGAAUUGACUCUCACUGUCCAAAAUUAGAUGCAUCCGAAGAAUAUGGUACCUAAUUCUUGAAUGAUAAGACAUCCAUUGCCCCACAAAACUAGGAAAAAGAAGCUAAAAAACUUACCUCACAUCCUUUCUCAAACCAUAUAAUCCUGCUUCAACCUAAUUUGAUUGGUACGUCUGAGUGUUUCCUAGUUUGCGUAAUUAGCAGGUAAGAUCGAUCAAUUGAUUAAUGAUUAUCUGCUUUAAUCAUUCUAGCAAGUAAAAAAACAAGUCAUAAAUCACAAGAUUUUUGUUUUGGACAAGAACUAAAUCACAAUUCACAUGCUGCUAUGUUUCUUUAUGGAAACUUAAUCCCCAAAUUAUUGAAUCAACAGGAGAAAAAGAGAGGGUUGGUUCCUAUUUAUCCUUGUAAAGUGAUUGGGAAAAAAAUAAAACAAGGCCAAUCCAGAACAAUAGUGCUAGGGUUUCCGACAAUAGGCAGUAUAGGGUUGUGAACUAAGGUUUUGGCAUAUGACAGGCCGUCGCUAGCGGCAUGCGGAUCUACUAUCUGCUAGCGUCUUUGCUUCUUGGCUAUGUUGCUUGGCUGCUGCAAAUUUCUGGUCCCAAAAUCUAAUUUGCUUUCAUGAGAAUGGAUCGUUGGGAUUUUCCAUGCCAAAAAAGAUAGCCGGCCUGCUGUAAUUUGCAUGGAAAGCUAAUUAAACUCAUUGCAUGUACGGCAGGCUACAGUAUCAUGACUGAAACAUUGGCGUGAAGAUUUGAUUAGAAGAGGCUGCCAUUGCUAUUUUUACUUCAUUUGCAUUAGUUACAAAAGAUAGUGGGUCUCAAAUUAGAUAUUAGAAGAGGGAAAUCUUUAGGGAACUAAGGAAGCAAGUGUUGGACAACAAGUUUGUUCACUUGCCCCCUUAGUCAAUGUUUGUAAUUGUUCAGUAGAGAGUCGUACAAGAGUCGGAUGCCAUUGUCUUUUCCCAUAUUGCUGGUUGUGGGGUUUGCCUGUUAAUUGGAAAGCAAGAAUAAUUGAUACUUACGUGUAUCAUGUAAUGUAAUUUGACAAUCAAUUCUUUAAUGAUUUUUGCGGCUAUAUUCAUUCAUGGAAGACAAUGAUUUACAACGCGAUUCUACCAUGACUAGCUUUGCUCCUCAAUGAUAUCAUGCCAAUCCCAAAAUAAAUCAUGAAUUAUGGUUUUGAGUGAAGUUAGAGAACACUCUUUCUUUGCCCCUCAAUUUGUUCUUUUGUUUCUUUCCCCUUCUUGAUAUUUUUCUCAUUUGAUUCACUUCCCAUAAAAUUUUCCUAAUAAAUAAACACACCAACAGGUUUAAGAUACACGAUUAUCUUAAAUUUAAACUCACUUAAAUUAGUAUUAUAUUGGUGUCAUGCCUAAAAUUAUUAGAUCCAAUACCGGUCGGACAACUAGUUUAAAAUAAGACAUUUUUGAAAGAAGAUUUGGAGACUUGUCUCAAACAUCAACUGAUGGGCCAAAAAUACACGAAAGACAACUCUUUAGUAGACCUUAUAUUGGGCUUGUUAAUAAAACCAAGCCCAAAAUAAACAAACCUACACAAGCCCAUGAGCUCUGGACAGGCCUCAACCUCAACCCAAUUUUAACUUGCGACAAGAAACGUUAGCCUCUCUUUGCACUCAAAAGUCAAAAGCCAGUGUCCUAAACUCGUUCCGUCCGGUUCGUCAGGGUCCAAUUCAUCCCUCAAUUACUGCUCAAGGAGUCCAAAAAAAAAUAAAAAUUUCACUGUCUUCGAAGUAAUUGUCCCGACAAAUAAAACGUGAAUACGAAACUUUUAACAGCUUACAGAGGCUAAAGGAAACAAGACCUUGAAGAUGGAUGAAGAUCACAGCGACAGCGGCUUUUUGGACACCGGAGAAGCUGAUAAAUCGGUGUGGUUAAUGAAGUGCCCGGUGGUCGUGGCCAAGUCAUGGAAGAGCCAGGCCGCUUCUUCUUCCGAUGAUGAAGAUGAUUCUCAGCCUGUCGCCAAGGUUGUCCUCUCUCUCGAUCCUCUCAAAUCCGACCAUCCUUCAUCUCUCCAGAUGGUUCAAUCAGUAUAAUGUGCACGUUAAGUAUCAGUUUCCUGUUCACAAGUUCAUUAUGGUGUUCUUUUAAUAAGCGUGAUGAAUGACGGUUUGAGUUGGAGCUUCUUCAAGGUAGGGUUGCAAUGGAAGGAAACUUUGAGCAUAAUUCGGCAUGGAACCACAUAAGGAAAACAUGGAGGAAUAUGGGAGGUUAUGUCAUGAAAGGACAAAAGAAUCCAUGAUCAAGAACAGACAAAUACAGGAUAAGAAGGAAACAACACCAGUUAAACAAUCAGACAUGAAGAGAACCAGAAGGGAUCAUGGGGAAUUGGAAGAUAUAAUGUUCAAGCUGUUUGAAAGACAACCAAAUUGGGCUUUAAAGCAACUUGUUCAAGAGACUGAUCAGCCUGCUGAUGGCUGGAUAGUGGUUAUGCAUAUAGAUAUAUAGUGAUCGUGCCGAUGCCAGUUUCCCAUAACGUUAAAUUGGCUUGGCAUGGCACUUUAAUAUACUGCAAACUUUUUUAGAUUCGCAAGGAUUCCUAUGGUAACCAAUUGCUGAUUGUUAUUGUUCUAUGCCCUUGUUUUGCUUUAAGUUUGAGGGCGAUCUGUAUCUGUAUUUAUUCAUUCGCUUUGUGAAUUCUUCCUACCAAAUGGACAGAUUGGUUGAGACCGAAUAGAUUGGAAGGGCAAUGGCAUUCACAGAAAGAUAGCCAGGGGAAAAUGGUGUAAAUGAUCUGAAUAGUUUCUCCAUGUUUAUAUUACUGUAUAAUUUUGUGGUUCAUUUCUACCGUGUGAUUGAAUAUUUUGGAGGUCGUUACAUGUCAAAGCUUUGCUGGAAUGAUCCACAAGGUUUCAGUUAGCAGUCGUUGACUCAUUAAUUGCUGUGUCUAUGAUUCAGCUGGUGACAUCAUGAACUAAAACCUGAAAUCUUCAUGAAAUCCAACCUUUUGAGAACGUUUGGUCAUAUUGAGACAAAGCACAGCAAAAAUUGAAACCAAGAACCCAACCGCAACCCAAGAAUGGUCAAGUGUUUAACAUCAUCGAUCUGUUGGGUUAAUUUCAUAGU